CCAUCGCCUCCUCCUUCGCUCGCCCGCUUCCUCUUCUACGACAACGCUAUGUUCAUCAUCAACUGGUUCUGGGAUGUCCUCGCGCAGCUUGGCCUUCUGCACAAGAACGCCAAAAUCCUCUUCCUCGGGCUCGACAAUGCUGGCAAGACGACCCUCCUCCACAUGCUGAAGAAUGACCGUCUGGCAACCCUUCAACCCACGCUCCAUCCCACUUCGGAGGAGCUUGCCAUUGGCAACGUGAAGUUCACGACCUACGACUUGGGUGGUCACUUGCAGGCUCGCCGCCUCUGGCGCGACUACUUCCCCGAGGUUGAUGGCAUCGUCUUCCUCGUUGACAGUGCAGACUUCGAGCGUUUCGCUGAGUCCAAGGCGGAGCUCGACGCACUCCUCUCCAUCGAGGAGCUCUCGAAGGUUCCUUUCCUUAUCCUCGGCAACAAGAUCGACGCACCGGGCGCGGUGAGUGAGGAUGAGCUCCGGCAUCACCUGGGCCUGUACCAGACCACUGGCAAGGGCAAGGUCCCCCUCAACGACAUCCGUCCCAUUGAGAUCUUCAUGUGCUCAGUCGUGCAGCGCCAGGGGUACGGAGAAGGCUUCAGAUGGCUCUCACAAUACAUCUGAGCACAGUCAUCGACAUAUCACCUCCUCCCGGCUAACCUACUACUCUCAGUGAUUUACCGACGUAGACAUACGUGUUCUGGACUAGUUUUCUUUGUCUCAUUGUUCGUGUUGUGGAAUGUUACAUUGUUUCGCCU